UGAACACAAGCGCGAGUCGGGAGCGCGCGUCAGCUGACAUCCGCGGAGAGAGCAGCCAGACAUGGACCAACUCAAAGUCAAAGACAGGAUCCUCGAAAACAUCUCUCUCUCCGUCAAGAAGUUGCAGAGUUACUUUGCUGCCUGUGAGGAUGAGACGCCAGCCAUCAGGAAUCACGACCGGGUUCUUCAGCGGUUGUGUGAACACCUGGAUCAUGCUCUGCUUUAUGGGCUGCAGGACAUCUCAUCAGGUUAUUGGGUACUCGUAUUACACUUCACACGACGAGAGGCUGUCCAACAGAUAGAUGAGCUCCAGCACAUAGCUACCAAUCUUGGCCGAAGUCGUUCCUGGCUUUACUUGGCACUCAGUGAAAGUUCUUUAGAAAGCUACCUCCGACUUUUUCAAGAGAAUCAAGGACUGCUCCAGAAAUACUAUUACAAAAAUGCACUGGUUUGCAGUCAUGACCAUCUCACUCUGUUUCUUACACUUGUCUCUGGCCUGGAGUUCAUUCGCUUUGACCUCGAAUUGGACGUGCCAUAUCUGGAUGUUGCUCCUUACAUGCCAGAAUACUACAAACCCCAGAAUCUGUUGGAUUUUGAGGAGAGGUUGCCAAGCUCUGAUAGCCUGUCUCUGCACUCUUUCACAUCCCUUACCUCCACUAACCUUGAGUGGGACGACAGUGCUAUUGCCCCAUCCAGUGAAGAUUAUGAUUUUGGUGACAUCUUCCCUGUGUUGCAGUCAUUGCCAAGUGCAGACUGGGAAGGUGGGACAUGGUUAUUUCCCCCCUCCCCAAUCUAACAUUCGCUACCCCAACCAAUCCAUUGGUACAAUUUAGCCUACUAACCAGCACUGCAUGGUCAUUUCACUCUGUGCAUGUUUGUUUAAUGCACAGAAGCUGUUAUAGGCAGUGUGCUUUUGAUGAUUUCAUAGAUGGGUUACUGGUGAC